AGGCGGGAGUUUCAGAUUGUUGGACAUUCGUGAUAACAUACCAUUUCAGCUCUCCUCUUUUACUAACCUGGACAACCUAUCAACUUUUGGAAAUCGUCUAUUUUGUCGCACCGGAGUGUAUUUUAAACAUUUUCGUCAGUCUAGGGGUUUGAAAAGGUGUGUUAGUGAGAUCUAAAGAACUGGCACUUGGAUUACCGCCUUAUUAGACAACAACUACUGUCAACUCUCAACCAGCACGUCUCGUGCAUGUUCGCUCGCGAACGUCAACUUAAUCCGAGCGCGUCUCAGUCAACGGUCACCUUUAGGGAUAACAUGAGCCUUUAGAUCCGCGUUAAACCCGGAAACGUUGUAGAAAUAGUUUUAUAUCUUCACCUGGACAUGGAUCACUACCGCCAUCAGCGAUAUGAAAGCUCGAAUCAAGGGAGGGAGAAUAAAAUACAUCGAAAGAAAGGAUUUGGAGUCGGAGUAUUAUCUCAGGGCAGUUCAGGCGCUGAGGACGGAGAAAAGAAACCUAAAUUUCACUUAAACAUCAGAACAUUUACUGAUGAUGUGCUGGACAGAUUUUCCAGUAUCCGGAUCCCUGGCAGUAAAAAGGAACGGCCACCCCUCUCCCACAUGUCAAAGCAUUCCUCUUCUGGUGACUGGUCCACUUCCUCUGAAUUUGAGGAGCUUUCUUCAAAGAUUACAUCAGAGAAGGAAAUCCUUGCCCUCUUUGAGAAAAUGAUGGAGGAUAUGAAUCUUAAUGAAGAGAAGAAAGCGCCUCUCAGAGAGAAGGACCUGAGCACAAAAAGGGAGAUGGUCCUUCAGUACAUCAUCACAGCUGCAAAAACUCCCCGAUGUGUUGGCGAGACAGACUGA